GAGCCCAUGGAGCAUUAAAACAGCAGGUUAGCAAAGCCAGACACAUAAUCUACUAAAAUCAACAAUGCAAUAGCUGCAGCUCCACGUCAGGAGCUCUGUGUGGCUGGAGCAAUUACAUUUCUCUGCAUUUAUUUAGCCUUGAUGGUAACAGUAAGUGUAAAUUUUGCAUAGAGAGAGCAGCAAGGAAAUCAAGGAUUGACAAAAAAAUGCUCGCCAGUCUGAAGAUCAAGAAACAGGAGCUGUUAAACAACACAGAUGUGACCAUUCCAGACCGGCCUUUAUCCCCUCCACUCACUGCCCCAGCAACUAUGAAGUCUGCAGAGUUCUUUGAAAUGCUGGAAAAAAUGCAGGCACCAAAACCUGAAGACCAGAGAACUGGGAGUCAGAAAAAUAAGGAAGAUUACAUCCCAUACCCCAGCAUUGAUGAGAUUUUAGAGAAAGGAAGCCCUUAUCCCUUGAUCAUUCUGCCCCAGUUUGGAGGAUACUGGAUUGAAGAUCCGGAAAAUCUCAGCACGCCCACCUCGUCGGAUAGCAGCAUCUCUGAAGAGGAAGAGGAAAACCUUAGCCCUAGCACGUAUGGGUAUAAAUUAGAAUGCAAAGGUGAAGCCAGGGCAUACAGAAAACACUUUCUAGGGAAGGAUCAUUUAAAUUUUUAUUGUACAGCCAGCAGCCUAGGAAAUCUGAUUCUUUCUAUUAAGUGUGAAGAGGCAGAUGGUACUGAAUAUUUACGGAUUAUACUCAGGUCCAAACUGAAAACAUUACAUGAAAGAAUCCCCCUGGCAGGACUCAGCAAGUUUCCUAGUAUCCCACAGAUUGCAAAGGCUUUCUGUGACGAUGCCUCUGGACUGAAAUUUAACCCAGUCCUGUACCCCAAGGCAUCCCAGAUGAUAGUGUCUUAUGAUGAGCAUGAGGUUAAUAACACAUUUAAAUUUGGUGUGAUUUAUCAAAAGUUUAAACAGACUUUAGAGGAAGAAUUGUUUGGGAAUAAUGAAGAGAGCCCUGCUUUCACGAACUUCUUGAGUUUGCUAGGGGAAACCAUAACACUCCAGGAUUUCAAAGGUUUCCGAGGGGGCCUGGAUGUAAUGCAUGGUCAGACUGGUACCGAGUCUGUGUACACUGUAUUCAGGGACAGAGAGAUUAUGUUUCAUGUCUCCACAAAGUUGCCUUUUACUGAAGGAGAUGCACAACAGCUCCAGAGAAAGAGACACAUUGGUAACGACAUAGUGGCAAUUAUAUUUCAAGAAGAAAACACUCCAUUUGUCCCAGAUAUGAUUGCCUCAAAUUUCUUGCAUGCAUACAUUGUUGUGCAAGUGGAGAGCCCUGAAACAGACAAUGAAUCUUACAAGGUGUCGGUCACUGCCCGGGAAGAUGUCCCUUCGUUUGGUCCUUCUCUGCCAAGCCCACCAGUAUUUCAAAAAAACACAGAGUUCAGGGAGUUCCUGCUCACCAAACUCAUCAAUGCUGAAAAUGCUUGCUGCAAAUCUGACAAGUUUGCAAAGCUGGAGGACCGGACACGAGCUGCAUUGCUGGACAAUCUCCAUGAUGAGCUCCAUACACACACACAGGCAAUGCUAGGGCUGGGGCCAGAGGAAGAUAAGCUUGAGAAUGGAGGUCAUGGAGGUUUCUUGGAAUCAUUUAAGAGAGCCAUUCGAGUCCGCAGCCAUUCAAUGGAAACCAUGGUCGGGAGUCAGAAGAAACAUCACAGUGGAGGGAUCCCAGGGAGCCUGAGUGGAGGAAUCACCCACAACAGUGGUGAAGUAACAAAGACCACCUUCUCGCCACCUGUAGCUGCAGCAACAGCCAAGAACCAGUCAAGGAGUCCUAUUAAGCGACGGUCGGGGUUGUUUCCCCGUCUGCACACUGGAUCAGAAAGCCAAUCAGAAAGCAGGACGAGAUGUGACAGUGUCUCAGGAACACAGAAGACACCAGACGGGGGACAUUCUUCUCAAGACAUGAAAUCAGAAACCUCAUCUAACCCUAGCUCUCCUGAAAUAUGCCCCAACAAAGAAAGGCCAUUUAUUAAAUUGAAAGAGAAUGGAAGAUCAAACAUCUCACGCUCUUCAUCAAGUACCAGCAGCUUCGGCAGCACGGCAGGGGAGAGCGAAACCUUGGAAGAAUACGACAGCGUGGGCAGCCAGCCAUCCACAGCCUCGCCUUUCAAACAGGACGUGUUUUUCUACGGCUCUUCUCCCAGCAACGAGAAUUCGAGCAUGGCAGCUGCUGCUACACCGGUGAUCAUGAGCAGGAGUCCCACAGAUAUAAAGAGCAGAAACUCUCCGAGGUCCAAUCUAAAGUUUCGCUUCGAUAAGCUUAGCCAUGCCAGUCCCAGCACGAGUCACUAGCAGGCAACAGACAACAUGAACUUGUAAAAGUUUAUUUCUGUUCUAACAAAGGGAAAAAUUCUUCUCUUCCAACAUCAAAUGGGAAACCGUAUUAGCUACACUAACAGCAACUGCCACGCUGCAUUGUGAGAUAUUCAGCUGUACC